UUAUUUUUUGUUAUUGAGCUUCACUAAAAAAUUUAUUUGUUCAUAUGUAAAACUGACAAUGCUGCACCAAACAAAAGGCCUUUUUGACAUCACCACUGACACCAUAAUUCUAGCAUCUUUCAUAUUCGUAUAAAGCUCAUCAUUUGCUUUUUAAAGUAUUCACUUUAAAUUAAUUUCUGUAGCAAUCUCUGUAUGGAAACAUUGAGAAGCUUUUGACCUGAAUUUAUGUUUGAUUAUUUAUAUUCCUGAUCAACUGAGCAUUAAACAUAGUGUUGAUGAUGGUCUUACAAAAUGACAUUGAAUUUUUUUCCAGUUAUUUGUUUGACUUAUAAGUUCUAAUCAAUUGUCAAGCCAUAAAAGAAAGAUAUGAAAAAAAAGGAAAAGAAAUAAAUAAAGGAUUUGUAACUUCUGCUAUUUUGUGUCUUGUUACCAAAUACCUUUGGUAGUUGAACUAUUGAAGAGAAGUCUAACAGAACUAGAAUGAGUUUAUUUAUGUUUUUUGUUCCCUACAAUUGAAAGAGUUGACUUGCCAAGAGUUAAAACUUUUUAAGACUUGGAUUGGAGGAUUGGAGAAACAAUAAAUUUUCUUUUAAGUUUUCACAGUUAGAAUUUGAAUGGAAAAUUGAGUUAAAAUUUACAACAUCAAAAAUAUUAACCUGUGAACCCCAUCUAAUGACACCAAUCUGCUUAAUCCCCUUGAAAGCAUCCGGUAGCAAAUGGAACAAAUCCCUCCCUCCUUUCACGAUGUACUACAACAAAUUAACCAAAAAAUAUUAAUAAUUAAGAAAAAAAUAAAGAAAUGCUUAUUUCUCAUAGUAAACUAAGAAACCAUAAAAUAAAGAACCGAGAGGUAUUGAAGAGUAUAUUCUCAUACCUCAUGUUAAUCUCCUUGACUGUAUGUACACUAUAUCUAAUUUGGUGAGACAUAUAUAUGCUGCACCAAACCAAAACACUUUUUAUAAUUUUACUAUUGAAGUUGUUGAGGUUGGUGCUUUUCUCAGCAUGAAAUAUGUUUUUCUUGUUACUCCUGGAGCUGCCCUUCUUGUCCUCUUUGGGCUGUUGAUUCAUGGUCAAAUACAACACCUAUCUAAGAAAAAAAAAGAGCUCCAAAAGUUGAAGUUGGGACUAAAACUACAGAUGCCUCAAUGGAUGAGUGGCUUCAGGGAACUGCAUAUACCCAAUCUCUAUCGAGCAAAUCUACAAAGAAGUAGACAAAUAUAGUAUAUUAUUGGCCUUCAACUGAAACAACCAUGGAAGUGAUAAAGUCCAAGUUUGAGAAUAUACAGGGCCUUUCUAAUUGUUCAUAAGCAAUUGACAGAAGACACAUGCUGAUGACUUCUCCCUCUACAGACUCUCUGAAUAAUGGAUGGCUUGAUCAUGAGAAGAAUUGCAGCAUACACUUUCCUUGAUUAAAGAACAGUGGAUGGGGAUUGCCAAUUCUGGAUCAUCAACCAAAGUUUUCAUAGAUGAUUUAGAAACUUUUAAUAGUUAAAUGCCUUUGUUGGGCUAAACAAAUAGAUGAAGCUAAUAGUUGCUAGAUAUAUAGAAUGGCUUUUGUAAUUAUUACGAUA